AUGGAGAACGUAAUGAGAACAAAUGACCACAGAGAGGAGGAAGCGAACGAAGCGCUGCAACUGGUUAAGAACGAGGAGAGACAGGAGAUAGCGGCUAGUGAAUGUAACCCUAACACUUCUAUAGCUGUCUCCGGCCCUGAAGGGUCAGCAAUAACCGUAUCCGCGUCCAGCGGGGAGAUGAGUGCGGAGCAGCACUCUGUCAUAACGUCCCGCCGCACCCUGCGCACCAUCACCACCGCCGGCCACAUCACUGACGCUCCGGACAUGAGCGACGAAGGCGUCAAAGACGAGCCGCCAGAGCCGCCACCGCUAGAACACGAUAUGCAAUACAACGCGAAGCUGGAAGAGGAGCGUCAGAACACUAGUCACUACGACGAGGAGCGGUUGCGCGCCGCCGAGGCAGAGACGGCGCGGUAUCUGGCUUUCAAACAAGAGCCAUACAGGACGCUGCAGUCCCCAGCGCCGCAGCUGGAUAAGCGAUUGCAGCCACAGUAUUCGCGGGGUCCGCCCCCGCGACCGGCGUACGGGCGCAGCCUGGCGCUGCGGUACGGCGCCCCGCACCACGUGAUAGUGGCGCAGGAGGGGGAGGCCGAGGAGCAGGCGCACGAGGCGUACUUGCAGAAGGAAAAGAGCGACCAGCUGCAACAGGCGUACGCGGGUGAGGCGCAGGAGAGCCGCCAGUACACGGCCGUGCUCCCAGACCAGCCCGCCGCGCUAGAGAUGAUACAGACCACCUCGCUCAACAACCAGCAGGCCGUUGGUGUCGCCUAUCAGCAGGUGAAAUACGAGACGCGAGGAGAGACGGAGCCGCGGCCGAGCACUUACGCGAGCCUGCAGCCCGUGACGUCGGUGCAGGGCGGCUACACGUACGCCGGCCAGAGCCCGCAGUACGCGGCAGGCGGCUACAGCGCGUAUGCGGGCGGCAAGGAGCUGCUCACGCUGUACGGCGCGGGCGCGGGCGCGGCCGCGCGGGGCGAGGACUCGCCGCCCUCGCAGCUGCUCUACCGCGCCGAUCCCACGCUCUCGUCCUCCUCGCUGAACGCGCGAGCGCACGUUGUCUAUGGAUCCGUGGUGCCGCAGUCACAAGCGGUCUAUGAGGCCCCGCCGAGCCCCAAUUCUCAGCAGGUGACGCUGUACACGCAUGGCAACACGGUGCAGUACAAGGUGGGCGGCGAGCACUAUCUGGGACAGGGCGGCGGCGUGGAGUACGUGCCGGUGUCGGGCUACGAGGGCGGCUUGCUGGUGGAGAGCUACGCGCCGCCCGCGCAGCCCUGGCCCGCGCACAACCUGCUGCCCAUUGAUGACGGUUUCGACCCCAGUAUGGCUGGCAUGGGCGAGGUGAAGGAGUGCGUGAACUGUGCGGCGGCCACCACCCCGCUGUGGCGGCGCGACGGCACCGGCCACUACCUGUGCAACGCGUGCGGCCUCUACACGCGCAUCAACGGGGUCAACCGCCCGCCGCUUAAAGGGCAGAAAGCAAAGCCACAACAAGCGCUGCCAACCAAUGGAAACAGGCGAGUUGGUGUGACGUGCGCCAACUGCAGAACCUCCAACACCACGCUGUGGCGCCGCAACAACAACGGCGAGCCCGUGUGCAACGCGUGCGGCCUCUACUACAAGCUGCACAACGUGAACCGGCCACUAAGCAUGAAGAAGGACGGCAUCCAGACGCGGAAGCGCAAGCCGAAGAGCAUGGGCGGGCACGGCGGCGUGGCGCGGCCCGGCGCGCUGUCAGUGGAGGCACACUCCCUCUCGCACAAGGUGCUGCCUCCGCUGUACGCCGCCGUGGAGGGCGCCGCGCCGCUGCUGCUGCUGCCCGCCCGCUCCGACAUGGUACCAGCGCUAGAGCGCGCCGCGCCGCAGUGCCGCGCGCCCUAA